AUUAGCCAGUUAUCCUCAUUUCAUCUGUUUUCAUAUGUGUAACCUUAGAUUAUAUGUUUUAAAUUAUUUUGAAAUGUGAUUCGUAAACCCAGUUAUUCAUAAUUAUUGUUAGAAUUAAGGUUGGUCAAUAGUUAUGACAAACGGAGGUAAUUUGUUGGUCUUGUCAGCUGAACAUAACGCAGCUCCGAAAUUCUUUUGAUAAGAUAUAACGUUUUCUUUAACUAUAUUGAAAGUCUAACUAUACACCCACUCAGGUAUUACGUUAGGUACCAUACGCCUCUCCUCCUCAUAAUCUGUUGCUAUGGCCUACUGUGUGGGCUCGCAAACUAGAAUCGUUUUAUGGAGGUAUCUGCAUUUGAUUGUCAGCUGCUGUUUCAUCGGAAACGUGGGCUGCGCUCACAAUGAGAACAUAUACGUUUCAGGGAUUUCAGACGCCUGUGGAGGCGUGGCAGAACAGAUCAGGGCUUCGAGUGGAGUCAUCACCAGCCCUGGGUGGCCGUUCGAGUACCCCUCCAGGAUAAACUGCAGCUGGAACAUCCGAGCCAACCCUGGGGAAAUCAUUACGAUUAGCUUUCAGGACUUUGAGAUCCAGAGCUCUCACAGAUGCGGCUCAGACUGGAUCUCGAUAGGCACAUACAAGAACGCCGAUGGCUACCGGGCGUGCGGCUCCUCUGUCCCCGCCCCCUACAUCUCCUCCCAGGACCACGUCUGGAUCAAGUUCCACGCUGACGACAGCCUGACGGCCAAGGGCUUCCGGCUGUCUUAUAUAACAGGAAAGACGGAGGAGAUCAGUUGCGACUCGGAUGAAUUCCACUGUGCCAAUGGGAAGUGCAUCCCGGACACCUGGAAGUGCAAUGGCAUGGAUGAGUGCGGUGACAACUCCGACGAGGAGCCCUGCGCCCAGUCGGGUCCGUCCGCCUCCUUCUCCUUCCAGCCCUGCGCCUACAACCAGUUCCCCUGCCUGUCCCGCUACACUCGCGUCUACACCUGCCUCCCGGAGUCGCUCAAGUGCGACGGCAGCAUCGACUGCCAGGACCUGGGCGACGAGAUCGACUGCGAUGUGCCCGCCUGCGGCGAGUGGCUGCGCACCUUCUACGGCACCUUCAGCUCGCCCAACUACCCGGACUUCUACCCCCCCGGGAGCAACUGCACCUGGCUGAUCGACACGGGCGACCACCGCAAGGUCAUCCUGCGUUUCACCGACUUCAAGCUGGACGGGACGGGCUACGGCGACUACGUCAAGGUGUACGACGGGCUGGAGGAGAACCCGCGCCGCCUGCUCCGCGUGCUGACAGCCUUCGACUCGCGCGCCCCCGUCGCUGUGGCGUCCACCUCUGGGCAGCUCCGCGUGCACUUCCACGCCGACAAGGUGAACGCGGCGCGCGGCUUCAACGCCACCUACCAGGUGGACGGCUUCUGCCUGCCCUGGGAGAUCCCGUGCGGCGGGAACUGGGGCUGCUACACCAAAGCCCAGCGCUGCGACGGCUACUGGCACUGCCCCAACGGGCGCGACGAAGCCAACUGCUCGGCCUGCCAGGAGGACGAGUUCCCCUGCUCGCGCAACGGCGCCUGCUACCCGCGCUCCGACCGCUGCAACUACCAGAACCGCUGCCCCAACGGCUCCGACGAGAAGAACUGCUUCGCGUGCCAGCCGGGCAACUUCCACUGCCGCAACAACCGCUGCGUGUUCGAGAGCUGGGUGUGCGACGCGCAGGACGACUGCGGCGACGGCAGCGACGAGGAGAGCUGCCCCGUGGUGGUGCCCACGCGCGUCAUCACCGCUGCCGUCAUCGGCAGCCUCAUCUGCGGCCUGCUGCUGGUCAUCGCCCUCGGCUGCACCUGCAAGCUCUACUCGCUGCGCAUGUUCGAGCGCAGGUCCUUUGAAACCCAGAUGUCCAGAGUGGAGGCAGAGCUCCUGAGGAGGGAGGCUCCGCCCUCAUAUGGUCAGCUGAUCGCACAGGGCCUGAUCCCUCCAGUGGAUGACUUUCCUGUGUGUUCAGCCAGCCAGGCGUCUGUUUUAGAGAACCUGAGACUCGCUGUCCGCUCCCAGCUGGGAUUUACCUCAAUCAGACUGCCGAGCUCAGGGAGGCGCGGCACCAUCUGGAGACGGCUAUUCAACUUCACCCGCUCGCGGUGCACAGGGUCGCUGGCGCUGGUGUCAGCUGACACGGAGGAGGGUGUGGGAGCCGCCAGCGUGGUCGGUGAGGUGGAUCGGUCCGGGGCCCGCAGGGGCCUGCUGCCCCUUGACUCGGACGACACUGAUGUGGAGGGUGACCGGCGGGAUGUCCCGGGGGCGGUGGGGGGGGGCGUUACAGCGCUGCCCCAAAAGACGCCCCCUGCGUCGGCUGUGGAGGCCAUUGUGUCGGUGAGCUCCUCGCAGCUGCUGAGUCAGGACUGCACAGUAGAGGGCGGCGGGGAGAGCAGGUCAGCCGAGCCCCAGCGUGCCGGGCCCGGGAGGAGCCCGCUGUCCAGCGCCCUAAGCCAGGUCACCCGCGGUCUGCGCUGGGUCCGCCUCUCUCUGGGCCGGUCUGGCGGCGGCAGUCAGAACCAGAGUCCCCUCCGGCACCUGGACCCGGCUGGCGGGGAGAGGGAGGACGAGGACGACGUGGAGCUGCUCAUCCCGGUCUCCGACGGCGCCCCGGACGGCGACCCCAACGAGCACUCGCGGCCCCUGCUGGAUCCCGCCUCCGACCGGGCCCCCGGGCCAGCACCUGCCCUCCCGGCCCAGGCCCGCCUGCCCCGGCUGCCCAGCCGAGAUGGGCCCUGCGAACACUGCGGCAUGGUCCACACAGCGCAGAUCCCCGACGCCUGCCUGGAGGCCACGGCUAAAUCGGAGACCAGCGAUGACGAGGCGCUGCUGCUGUGUUAACCGCCAUGGCCCAGCUCAGCGGCAAAAAUAACCCCGCCCUAUCACCCUCUUUCUCUUGUCUUUUGUUUGACUGAAGGUGCUGAUUGGACAGGAGUUUCAUUUCGGUACAAAAGCGGUCAUCCUACACUAACGGUACAAGCACACUCCAUGGUGAAAGAAAUGCCUCCCCACUUCCACCCCAUUGUUGACCAUACUGAACCAUAGAGAGGAACCAUGCCGUUUGGCUCCCAACAAAUCGCACAUCUGGUGCGUUUGAUACCUCAAGUGAAAGUAUGUUUGAAAAGAGACUGGAAUGCAGCGAUAGAGCCUGCAGCUUUGUCCUCUCGCGGAACAUGCAAAGUUGGGAUGUUUCUGUUACACCCACUGUUCGUUUGUCUGUGAAAACAACCCGAUACGUUUCACAACACAGGCUAGGAGAAGCUACACGUGUUGCACACAGCUGAAAACAAUUCACUGGUCUCUCACAGGAAUCUAAUUAAUACUGCCUUGCCAUGCAAUGGCAGUGCGCUCAUUUCAGCAAAAAUGAACUGUUGUCCCAUGCUUGUAAUGGUACUGAACUGUUUUCCUGAAACCAUAGGGAGAGAUGUGUAUUUAUAAGGAAAAGGAGUCAGUCAGAGAGAUGGUUUGCAAAAUUGUACGAUGUCUAACAUC